AUGCAGAGCAACAGCCCCAGCCAGGCCGGGGCCUGCAGCAAUGAUCGGGAAAAGCAUCUUCUGUUCAACGCGGUGUUGAGGGAGGACAUGGAGCAAGUCCAGUCGCUGCUGGAGACCGGCGCCUGUGUGAAUGCUCAGGAGGAGGAAGGCGGCUGGGCCCCCUUGCAUGCAGCCGUGCAGAACUGCCGCGAGGACCUGGUGUCUCUUCUGCUGGAGCACGGCGCCGACCCUCUGCUGAGGAAGAGGAACGGGGCCACCCCCUUCAUCAUCGCGGGCAUCAUGGGCCACGUCGGCCUGCUGGAGCUUUUCCUCUCCAAGGGCGCCCGGGUGGACGAGUGCGACCACAACGGCUUCACGGCGCUCAUGGAGGCCGCCAUGUACGGCCACGAGGCCGCCGCGAGGUUCCUGCACGCGAACGGGGCGGAAGUGAACCUGCGGCAGCCGGCCCGGAAGGAGCAGGCGCGGCUGCGGAAAGGCGGCGCGACGGCGCUCAUGCGCGCGGCGGAGUACGGCCACCCGGCAGUGGUGAAAGCGCUGCUGGAACUGGGGGCGGAAGUGAACAUCCGGGACAACUGCGGCCGCAACGCGCUCAUCUACGCGCUGUGGAACUCUCGCGAGAAGAGCGCGGAGGCCGUGGCGCGCCUGCUGCUGGCCCACGGCGUGGACGUGCGCGUGCGGUGCGAGCGCCACAAGACGCCCUUGAUGCUGGCCCUGGAGCGGCGGCACGAAGACGUGGCGCGGCUGCUUCUGGAGCAGGAGCAGCUCGACGUGGACGCCACGGACCGCGAGCUGAGCACGGCGCUGCAGGUGGCUGUGCAAUUAGGCCUCAACGACGCGGCCCAGCGACUGUGUCUCCGGGGCGCCAGCACCGACUGCGGGGACCUGGUGAUGAUGGCCCGGCGCAGCUACAACCGGGCCUUGGUGCAGCUGCUUCGACAGCACGGAGCCCGCGACCACCUGCAGGCCCCCGCGACCCCCUGGAAGGUGCAGAGUCCCCGCUGGGGCCGCGCCCUGAUGCACCUCCGAGACACCUACCGCCCCAUGCUGGGCCGCCUCAAGAUCUUCAUCGACCCCGAGUACAAGGUGGCCGACACCUCAGAAGGCGGCGUGUACCUGGGCUUCUACGAAGGGCAGGAGGUGGCCGUGAAGCGCUUCCACGAGGGCAGCGAGCCCGGCCAGAAGGAGCUGGCCUGCCUGCAGAAGCACCGCCAGCAAGGGCACCUCCUGACCCUCUACGGCUGCGAAAAGCACAGCGGCUGCUUGUUCGUGUGCCUGGCGCUGUGCGAGCGCAACCUGGAGGAACAGCUCCUGCAGGGAGCCCGGGCAGCUGCCAGGAGCAAGAAGAGCUCGCAGGAAGAUGACUUCGCUCAGUCCGUGUGCUCCUCGCUCUUCGAGGCCUUGGACAAGUUGCAUCGCAGCGGCUGCGCGCAUCAGGACCUGCAGCCGCGCAAUGUUUUGAUAGAUUCCAAGAAUGCUGUGUGGCUGGCUGAUUUUGACAAGAGCACCGAUAAGGCGGGAGAUGAGGAAAUCAAGACAGAUCUGAAGGCCCUGGGGCUGCUGGUUCUGUAUGUGGCUCAGAAGGGUGACAUCUCCUGGGAGAAACUGAAGGCUAAGAGUGAAGAGGAGGGGAAGAAGCUUUGCCCAGAUGAAGAGACUCAGGACCUCCUCCAGUGCCUGUUCUGCCCAGGGGACAAGCCCCAGGGCCUCUUGCCAGAACUGCUGGGGCACCCCUUCUUCUGGAGUUCAGAGAAACGCUACCGUGCUCUUCGUGAUGUGGGAAAUGAAUCGGAUAUCAAAACCCCAAACAGCAACGGUAAACUCGUGCAGAUCUUGAACACUGACCCGGCUGGGCAUUCAAGAGAUUUCACCCAGUGGACAAGCAAGAUUGAUGGAAAUAUUAUGAAGAAAAUGAAUAACUUUUAUGAACGGAAGGGCCGUUCCGGUUAUCAAGACAAUGUGACUGAUCUGCUGAAGUUCAUACGUAAUAUAGGAGAGCACAUCAGUGAAAAGAAGAAUAAAUCCAUGAAAUCCAUUAUGGGAGAACCUUCUCAGUAUUUCCAGGAGAAAUUCCCGAGUCUGUUCCUGUAUGUCUAUCAGAGGCUGAAAAACACAGACUAUGCACAUCACUUUCAGAAAAACUCACCAGCAAGUCUCUGUGGGCAUGGGAUGGAGAGGACUGUGGGGAGCCAGAUGGAAUGUGGGGAGUUGUCGUGAGCAAGGGUU